UGUCAAAGAGGGUCUCUCUGUGUCUGUCCUGCUUCAAACCGCAGGUGUCAAACCGAACUGUCGGAUCUCAACUUUGCAGCAUAUUCUUCAUCUACUUCUUUCUUGCUAGAAGCCAAGUUCGUUAGCAGACCGCAGGACGGGGCCCAUCAUAUCAUCAUGCAGCAUUCAGGCAGCCUCGGGGAGAAUUGUCCCCUCACGCUCAAACACGCCUCGUUUGAAGACGAGAUCACGUCGAGCAGCACAAAAUCCUCUUCCUCCUGCUCCUCCUCCACUUUCACCGAGGUCCUUCGCAUACCUCGUCUGAUCUGGGACUUUACCGAGAGCAACUUUGCCACAUUCGUCGUACCCAACACGGCCUUUGGCCUCCUGGGCGGGCUCACCGGCGCGCCCCUGACCUCGGGCCACGCAGCCACGCUCUCCAUCGUCCAGCGCUUCCCUCUGGUGGUGGCCUUCAACUGGUACAGCGUGCUCAUCUUCGACCUGGCCAACCAGAGGGGGCCCGAAUCCGUGGCCGAGGACCUCGCGAACAAGCCUUGGCGUCCCAUACCGGCGGGCAAGGUGACGCCCGAGCAGACUCGAAAGGCCAUGCUCGUGGCCAUACCCGCCGUGCUGGCCCUGAACUACGUGCUGGACGUCUGGAAGGAGGGCGUUUUCAUCCUGAUCCUGACUUGGCUGUACAAUGACCUCCGCGGGGGCGACGAGCUCGUCCGGGACGCCAUCAUCGCCGUCGCCUACUUUCUCUUCAACACGGCCUCCCUCAAGAUUGCCAUCAGCGGCGGGGCAGCAGCCACAGAAGCAGCAGCAGGGGCAGCAGACGACGUACGCGUACCCAUCACCAUCACCCACGACGGGUACGUGUGGGCGGGCAUCAUCAGCGCGGCCAUCCUGACGACGAUGCAGGUGCAGGACCUCAAAGACCAGGCGGGCGACCGCGGACGGGGCCGCGCGACGGUGCCCCUAUACUUUGGCGACAGGGUCUCGCGGACGUCGCUCGCGGUGCUGGUCCCCUUCUGGUCGUGCGUGUGCGUCUACGUCUGGCACAUCCGGUCGUCGUGGGCGGUGCUGCUGCCCACGUUGUCGGGAGCCAUGGUCGUCGCGGCGGUGCUGCGGACGCGGACCCCGGAAACGGACGCCAGAGCGUGGAAGCUGUGGUGCCUGUGGACGGUCUGUCUGUAUUCCCUGCCCCUCGUCGGUGACGGUUUCGUGUCGUUGGCGUCGCAGCACGUGGAAUGAAGGGGAGCCCGGGAGGCGGGGGGACAUCACCUGCAGUUUACGGAGUACGGAUUCAGGUGACAGAGAGAGCAAAUUGUCAUUAUUGUGUAUGCAGAGUUUCCGUUUGAAGGAGUUGGUUGUUGGAACUUGAGAAUCCUUGGAGGCUGUACGAGUCAUUCGGAAGAUAAGUGACAACCGUACGGGGUCUUCG